GCUCUCUGUGCCCGGCUUCCUCCGCCCCCUAGUUCCUACUGGGUGGUAGCCAAAGCCCGGAACGCUGGAUCCCGGCCGGCAGGAACGGGACGCGAACGAGGAGCGGCGCCGGCGGCCGGGAGCCCGUCGCACCGGGCAUGCUCAGUGGCACGGCCGGCGGGGCGGCCUCGCGAGCUGCACCCGGAUCUGCUCGGCGGCGGCGGCGGCGGCGGCGGCGACGUGAGCGCGCAGGGGGGCGGCGGCCUCGCCUGGUCUCUCUCUCUGCGCCUGGGUCGGGUGGGUGACGCUGAGCGCGAGAUGUCGGAUUUUGACAGUAACCCGUUUGCCGACCCGGAUCUCAACAACCCUUUCAAGAUACCACCAGCGGCGCUGCCAUCCCUCCUCCCCCCCCAUUUGCCUGAGGUUGAGGCUACUGAUAUCAAAGCAUAAGUUAAAUAUAAAUAAACACACCUGGAAAACAAUAGUGCACGUGGACGCUCAUCUUCCUUCCUAACUGCUCUCAGUAAGGACCCAUCAGUUACACAAGUGACAAGAAAUGUCCCACCAGGACUUGAUGAAUACAAUCCAUUCUCGGAUUCUAGAACACCUCCACCAGGCAAUGUGAAAAUGCCUAACGUACCCAGUACACAACCAGCAAUAAUGAAACCAACAGAGGAACAUCCGGCUUAUACACAGAUUGCAAAGGAACAUGCCUUGGCUCAAGCGGAACUUCUUAAACGCCAGGAAGAACUAGAAAGAAAAGCAGCAGAAUUAGAUCGUCGAGAACGAGAAAUGCAAAAUCUCAGUCAACAUGGCAGAAAAAACAAUUGGCCACCUCUUCCUGACAAUUUUCCUGUGGGACCUUGUUUCUAUCAGGAUUUCUCUGUAGACAUUCCUGUAGAAUUCCAAAAGACAGUAAAGAUUAUGUACUACUUAUGGAUGUUCCAUGCUGUAACACUGUUUCUAAAUAUCUUCGGAUGCUUGGCUUGGUUUUGUGUUGAUCCUCCAAGAGGGGUUGAUUUUGGAUUGAGUAUCCUGUGGUUCUUGCUUUUUACUCCUUGUUCAUUUGUCUGUUGGUACAGACCACUUUACGGAGCUUUCAGGAGUGACAGUUCAUUCAGAUUCUUUGUAUUCUUUUUCGUCUAUAUUUGUCAGUUUGCUGUACAUGUACUCCAGGCUGCAGGAUUUCAUAAUUGGGGUAAUUGCGGUUGGAUUUCAUCCCUUACUGGUCUCAACCAAAGUAUUCCCGUUGGAAUCAUGAUGAUAAUCAUAGCAGCACUUUUCACAGCAUCAGCAGUCAUCUCACUAGUUAUGUUUAAAAAGGUACAUGGACUGUAUCGCACAACAGGUGCUAGUUUUGAGAAGGCCCAGCAAGAGUUUGCGACAGGUGUGAUGUCCAACAAAACUGUCCAGACCGCAGCUGCAAAUGCAGCUUCAAGCGCAGCAACUAGUGCAGCUCAGAAUGCUUUCAAGGGUAACCACAUUUAAAGAGUCUUCAAAUGAUACACUGUUACCUUUUGACUGUACUUUUUCUGCAGUUACUGUAUUCUAUAAAUAUUUUUUGUUCAAAACACACAGUACACACAGCACGUAUAUUUCCUAAUCACUUGUGCAUGGGCUAAAACCAGAAAAACUUCCUUGUCUUAUUAUUUAUCUGACAGUUUCUUAGUAUUUCAGUGCCCCUUGCAGAAAAAAACAUUACACGCUAAAUAAAUAUUCUCCAUAUUUUUUGGGGGAUGAAUGUUCAGCAAAUUAUUUCAGUGGUGACGCACUGAAAUGAACAUGGCACUUAUGAUUAAAAAUGCACUUAGUACUUGCUGCAGUCAUUCUUUCAAGAGUCUUAGAUGUAAGGAUUACACAUUGGAGCAGUAAAGCAAUGCUUCAUUCCUUUCCUUAUUUAUACUGAAAGAAAUAGGACAUCAGAGACUUAGGGAUUUUUAAAUUGGCUUGCUUUUUAGCAGUUUCAGUCACCAGUGAAGAGCCUGUGUACAUUUAAUAGUAGAUAAUGUAAAUUUUAUCUUUUUAUUUUCUUUUUUUAGAGUAGUUGAUAUUUUGAUAAUCAAUCUCUGAUCUUGCAUGACUACCAUGUUUCCGAAAAGAAUUAGUAUUUUGGCCUAUGCACUGCUAAUGGUUGUAGGUAUUGGGGAGUUGUUUAUAGAAUCAUAGAAAUGAUUUUCUGUAAUACUUUCUUUUAAAUAAAAAGGUACUGGGGUGCAAUAUGAGGAUAUAAUAUAAUAUGCAGUGCAUUUAUCCAAAAGAAAAGGUAGAUAAGUGAUGGAAUAGAAUGUAGUGAUGAUAAUACCUUUUUGGUUUUAAUUUUCAGUAUUCAUAUCAUAGUAAAAUAUUACUGUAUAGAAACUUUGGUAUAUUGUGGCUACUCUUUUUAAUUGAACUGAGAUUGUGUUUGGUAGCUCUUUUUUGGGGUACACGUGUGUAAUUUUUAACAGAAGUAUUAAAGUCUAGCCUAACUCCAUAUCCAAAAAAGAACAUUACAGUAUUUAAGAAAGUUUUCUUUUAGCCUCUCCUGUCUCGUUGGCAUUAAAAAUAAAAAGACCCUGGCACUUCACAUAUACUUGAAAUCCCUAAUGCACCUCAGUCUUUGAAUUUUUGAGACAGACUGAAUACAUUAAAAUUUGUAGCAAUAGAAAAAAUAAAACAUUUAAGUUGUACCAAGCAAGAAAAUACAGAUACAGCUGAAUGCAUUAAUUAUGAAUAUUGAUUUAAUCAUGUUAAAUUAUUACUGUGCAUCACAGGACUUCAUUCUUAUAGCAUACUUGGGUUGAAACUUUGAAUGAUUUUUAAUAACUGAUUAAAUGACUCAAAGACAAAUGUCUUUGAGUAAAGUCAUGAUACUGUUGUUUUGGAAGUCAUUAGCUAACCUAAGAUUGCAGCAUAAGUAUUCAGCUUGAUUUUGAGUAAGGGUAGUCUAUUGGAUUAUAUUAUUUGAGACUAAAAAAUCAGCUGGGUGUAAAUGGUUAAAUCACUUUUAUUCUUCCCCCCAGAUCUGGAGUUAAAAUGAGUUUCAGGCUGGGGGUAGGAUGGUGGGUUCUUACUAUUUAUGAAAGAAGCCUUGUGUGAUACUUGAUAUAACACGGAUCUACCCAGAUGGUGUUUACAUUUGGUUUAUUUGGGACUUAGCUGAAGUCAUAUACUUGGAAGCUAUUUCUUUUAUUUUGAUAAAAGUAGGAUUCAGAGUAUGAAUUUAAAGCUGUUUUUAUGAAUAUUUCUGAUCAGUGAUAAUCUCAACCUACUUUCUCAACCAAAUAAGCCAGUUCAAGUUGUUCAGUCUAUCAUCUUACUGAAAAUGUGUCUCAUCAUUAUGCUUUGUUGAGUGUGGAUUUUACAAACAUUCAAAACAUUGACCACAAAACACAACAAAAGCACUUAUGUCUGUUACUAACUCAUCUCUCAAUUUCCUUUUGGUUUUCUUCAAACUACAAAUGUAAACUUUAUCAUAGAGACUUGUGAAAAAUACUGAGAUACUUUCCUUCGAGAAUUAGGAAUGCUUCUCUCUAUUCUGUAGACAUCCUCUACUGCUAAAUAGCAAUGAAUAAUUACAACUGACAGUACCUUUUUUUGUUUGGAUGGGGGAAAUGUUUUAAAUUCCAGUUAUUUGGGUUAAUACAAGCUUAUGAGAGAAAAAUGUGUUUUUAAAAACAUAAAUGUGCACUAAAAUGGUAGUGCUUAACAGUUUAAUAAGGUAGAGGGGUUUUUAAUUCUUAUUUCUAUUCUCUUAACAAUGAUUAUUAGUAAAUAGUCACAUUUGCACUCAGUAAAAGAUUGGCAUUUGUUAGUGUUCUGUAUUUAAUAUUAGCAUCACCCAGUAUCACAAUCAUGAAAUGGUCUUCACGUUGUAAGGACCCAUGUCAUUUUUCAGUUUAUGAUAUUAAGUUUUGGCUAUUUUAUUUCAAACUAAAGUUUGAACACUGGAAAAUCAUUGCUCAGUGGUUUUUAAUUUGGUACUUGGAUUAUUUAUCUAGGGAUGUUUGUAUAUUUUGUCAGUGAGUAAUAUUGCACUGCCAUUAUGGUGACUGUCAUGGUUCUAUAUAAACGCCCUCCAUCUGUCCCUCUAAUGUUGCAUGUUUUCAGUGGUUUGGAAGUUUUGUAUAUUUAUUGUAUUAACACAGAGUGUCAUAAAAUAAAAUGCUGUUUACUGGA